AUGCAGACUGCGAACGCCAUCCUCCAGUAUCCAGACUCCGAAGAGCCUGAACAUUGUGGUUGGAAUAUCCAGACCCGAACCUCCGAGCCCAUCUUCCGAGCCUUAGCCGGGAUGCCCGACCGUGCAAGCCUCUUCGCACAGGCCAUGAUCUGGCAUGCCCAGGAACCAGGAUUUUCGCCCCGGUAUCUCGCCGAGGUCUUCCCAUGGGAAAGCACCAGUACGCUGCUGCCCCCUGUCCGUGAAAUUUCAGCGAUAGGUGACCCCGACGACACAUGCGAUCCCACCACCCCUCACAGCAAGCCUUUCACUAUCGUAGAUGUAGGAGGUGGCCUAGGCCAUAUCUCACGGGCCUUGCUGGCGCACUAUCUGAGUCUGUCUGAAGCGGAUAGACACGGCCAUGGGACUCAGGAGUCAUGCUUAGGCCAAUGCGAGCACGAAACCGAUCCGCGCGAAAAUCUCGCCGUCCGUCGCCGCCACCGCCCCGUGCAAUGUAUCGUUCAGGAUGCAGCGCAAGUGGUAUCCCAGGCCCUAUCUACAGCCCAAGCGCAGACAGCAUCCAACGCCAACGACAUGGUCGAAUCCCGGAUCGAAUUUCAGGCUCACGACUUCUUCCACGAACAGCCGGUCAAGGGCGCCGACGUGUACUUUCUCCGGUUGGUCCUCCACGACUGGUCUGAUAAGUAUGCGCUGCAGAUUCUCCGCGCGUUGAUCCCCGCCCUCGAGUCGGGAGCGAAGGUCGUGGUGAAUGACCGGGUGGUGCCGGGACGCCAUGAGGUGCAUUAUCUGGUUGAGAGGGAGACGAGGGAUCACGAUAUGUAUAUGUUGGCGUUUCAGAACGCCCGGGAGCGCGCGCUGGAGGACUGGACGGCGCUGUUCGGGGCGGCGGAUGCGCGGUUUGUGCUAUCGGCGGCGCAUCGCCCGGCUGGCUUGUGGGAACUGUUCAUGAUCUUCUCCUCUCCUCACCAGCAAGAGAUUGAGAUCGGAGCUACCCAGUCAAACGCUAUCCCCAGAGAAUUGCACCUCAACAUCAAGCAUACUUCUCAUUACACAUCCACUCCACCCUCAGAUCCCAUCCGCCACAGCCCCAAGGAUCAAACAUGUUAG